UGCGUGGGGCUGGGGUGGGCUUGCACAGUGAUGCUGCCCUGGGGCCUGCGGGUGCCAGUCGCUCACAUCCAGACUUCUCUGGCUCUUGUGCGCAGGGGGAAGCCAGGCUCCUCCUGUCCCUCUGUUUUUCUUCCUGGGUCAAACACUGCUACCUCCUCCAUUGUGAUCUGGGAGCCGGGGCUGAGCAGCUGCUGGGGAGAGCGCUGCCUCGCAGCCAGCCUCUGUGCCCAGCCUGGGGGCACUUUUUCUGGCAACCCCAGACUCUGCCAACACCAGCUGCUGAGCCGGAGGCUCCAGCAGAUGAGGAGACCAUGAGUGACAGUGAAGAGAAGACUCCAGAGCAGGAAGGCACCAAGCAAAUGGAAACACAAGGAACGCUGUUGGGAAGAUCAAAAGGGAAUGUUUCCCAGACCUGUAGGCCAGGAAAAGUCUGGGGGAAUCGGUAUAGCCCAGAGAGGCCUCUGGGAUCACCCACAGUAGAGGAAUCCAGGCUUUGUGGAGGGGGAGGUAAAGAUCUCCAUGGAACCAUGGUCCAGCAGAGAGGCCACGUGGAAGAGAGAAAAUACGCAUGUGCAGAGUGCGGAAAAAGUUUUAACUGGAGCUCGCACCUGAUUAGGCACCAGAGAACUCACACGGGGGAGAGCCCGUACGAAUGCCUUGAUUGUGGGAAGAGCUUCAAUCGGAGCUCAAACCUUCUUAGGCACCAGAGAACCCACACGGGGGAGAAACCCUACAAGUGCUUUGACUGCGGGAAGAGGUUUAUUCAGAGCUCCGAGCUCAUCACGCACCGGAGAAUCCACACGAGAGACAAGCCCUACAAAUGCCCCGACUGUGGGAAAAGCUUCAGCCACAGCUCCAACCUCAUUAAGCAUCGGAGGAUCCACACGGGGGAGAAACCCUACAAAUGCCUCGAAUGUGGGGAGAGUUUCAAUCACAGCUCAAACCUGACUAAGCAUCGGCGAAUCCACACAGGCCGGAAGCCCUAUAAAUGCCUCGACUGCGGGAAAAGCUUCAGUCAGAGCUCAGAGCUGAUGAUGCAUCAGAAACUUCACAUAGGGAAGAAAUCCUACAAAUGCACUGAGUGUGAGAAAAGUUUCAAUCACAGCUCAAACCUUAUCAAACACCAGCGUAUCCACACGGGACAGAGACCCUAUGAAUGCUCUGACUGUGGGAAGAGCUUCAUUCAGAGCUCCAACCUCAUUAAACAUCAGAGGAUCCACACGGGGGAAAGACCUUACAAAUGCCUCGUCUGUGGGAAGAGCUUCAUCCAAAGCUCAGACCUUAUUUCACAUGAGAGAACCCACUCGGGAGACAGACCGUGAAUGUGGGAGAAGCUCCUGAUUGGAUGAGGCAGCAGCAAAGGCAUGUGGCUUAACGCUUAAUGUCCCGUUUAAUGCCUUCCACGCAGAACAUACCGCAGGAGGAGAUCACCUGUGAGAUUGCACCAUGCACCGAAAUCCUAUUGAAGUCCUGGUCAAAGUUAAAAACAAAUGCAUUUCCUAACUCCCCCACACACCUGUGGCACUUGUUCCCCAAGCACCUCUGGGUUGAGGAUACAGCAGCAUCUGAUCCUGAGCUGAUCAGUGACCCUCCUGCUCCACCUGGGAUGAGCAAACCCCAGGCAGAGAAGGACAAACCCUGUAAGUACCUGCUGCUGCCCUGGCUGCUCAACUAAUUUCUUUCUGCCUUCUAAGGAUACCCCCCUCCUGCUUUCUGCCUUCCUGUGCACACUUUCUCUUCCAUGGUGGCUGGGACACAUGGACCAGGCCUCUAGAUACCUGUUGUCAUCUCUACCAGCUCCUGAGCUUGACCUUGCCCACUUAUCUGAAGCUGCUUCCUGCUGGGUGAGUGUCCCUGACAGCUGAUAAUCCUUUCCCAACACUGCCUUCUCCAAAUCCCCUGGUGGACAGGGUUCUGGCAGGAUCAAAUGCUAGAGGACCAGAAGGCAGGGAACUGGGGGACUGAAUGUUUGGGGUGCUGGAGAGUGGCAGCCAGAGAAAGAAAGUUACAGGGAUUAUUGAGCAUUUGGGGAUUAUGGCAUAGGAAAGGACAAAGUUAUGGCUGUUGUGUCCCCUUCCCAGCUCCCAUUAAGCCUAUCUUCCCUGCCUCCUCUACAUUGAGAAAGCACCACUGAAACAAGACUGAUUUCUCAAAGGUGUAGAAAGGCCGGGAAGCCUAGAAAAUCCACUUCAGCCCCAGCCCCUGAGGAUUUGCCCGGAUCAGGAAGAAUGACGGGCAUCGGCUAACAUAUUCCCCCUACCCACUACACUGGAUACCCACCAUUUUUCCUAGUCUAGGAUGACCCAGAGUAUUGUUAUCUGGACUAUUCCCUUUGUUAGCAGAGGGAUUUUUGAGCUGUUGUGUCCCCACUUUGGGUACCCAUUGCUCUGGAUAGCACUGAAGGCCACUUAUUUUUGUCCUUUUCUUUUAUAAAGCAUAGUGACAAAGACAGUAAAAAAGCUGGGGUGUUUUUGAGCUUCUUUGUUAUCUGGGGUUGUUAGCAAGGAUGAGAAGGUUUUUCAGUGAUUCUUUUCCUCCCCUCAGUUCCCACACAGAAGCAUUCCCAUGGCCUGAAAGGCCUUCCCAGGGGGUCAUGUGACCAGGUAGGGAGUCAUAUGACCAGGUGGACUCGGUUAUUUGUGUUUAGGAAUCAUACUUUUAAUUUAUGUGAUCCUGUAUCAGACUCAUGAGGAUCCCAGCUGUGCUGUAGGAUUUUGAAUACAUCACAAACACAGGGUGUGUUUACACAUGCAUUUGAUGCAGGACCAGUUUACUUGCGAGUAAACUACUAAUAAGUAAAUGCUCCCAGGCAGGCAUCUACAUGUGCAGAGAUGUGGGAGCAGAUUUGCUGCUCCCAGUAGCAAACUCUUGUCAUGUCUUGUGGCCCUGAAAUGGGCCCCUGCCACCACCAGGGGCAGUGCAAGGCAGAAAGAAGCAGCUGGCAGCCAUCUUUAAAAGCCAGCCCCACUCCUUGCUCCCUGGCCAGUCACUUUCCUAACCACAAACAGCAUGUGCAACACAGGGGCAGCAUGCGGCAGCUCUCUCCUUGCUGCCUCUGCCUCCCCUCACCAUAGCUCCUCUGGCCCUUGCCCCUGGCAGCGAUGACCAGUGCCUGGAGCUUCUGCUGGCUGCCACACUGGCCCUGCUGGCCUGCUGCACUGACCUCUGGCUCUUCCAAAUCCCCCAAGUGCAGCGACUGCCUGCCCGACCACUGCACACUGUCCCAGGGCCUCUGCAGCCAUGCACCUGCCAUCUGGAUCCCAUCCAGCUGGCUGGACCCUGGCAGGGAUGCCGAUGAUGCCCUCCAUGAUGCUGCCUCUGGGGCUGCCCUCACCCUCCUGGGCCUCCAGCCCUGCUGCCUCUGGGCCCCCUGGGUCAGCCAGGACUGGUGGCUGCACAUUGUUCAGCGCACCUGGGAAGUUGAGCAGUGGCUAGAGGCAUUCAGGAUGACCUAGGUCACCUUCCUGGACCUCCGCAUCUGAAGCAGGCCACCUAUUUGGUGUGGGCAAGGCCACCAGUGGGGACGCCAUCCUGGAGCAGUGCCCACCCUUCAGGAUGUGCUGGGAUACACGGUGCUCUGGGUGCACAACCCCCUUGUGGUGGUGGUAGGGUUCCAUGCACUGGGCUUUGCCCAGUGCACUGGGGCCCUGAACGGGACCCACAUCCCUGUCACCUGUCUGCCGCAAGGCAACCAGCCCUACUACUGCUGGAGGGGCUUUCACUUGGUGGUGCUGCAGGUCGUCAUGCACCACCAUGGCACCUUCAUCAAUGUGAGCAUUGGCUGGGUGGGCAGUGCCCACGAUGCCUGCGUGUUUCACAACUCUGCCCUGCCAGUGCUGGUGCAGAGAGACCGGUUCAUGUUGCGGGUGCUGGACCUGCAGCUGGGUGGUCCCGCCCCUCCUCAUCAGGAACCCUGCCUACCCGCUCCUCCCCUGGCUCAUGUGGGCCUACACUGGCCAGCUGGACGCCUCCCAGGCACACUUUAACCGAUGCCUGGCCAGACCCGGACCCUGGUGGAGUGUGCCUUCAACCAUCUCAAGGGACUGCCACAGCCUCACUGCCCGCCUUGUUCACUGAAGACAACCUCCCCCGGGUCAUUGUUGCAGCCUGCGUGCUGCAUAACAUCUGCAAGGCCUGGGGGGAGCUGUUUUGCCUGGCCUGGGUGGAGGAGGUGCAGUGGGCAAAGGACGCCUGGCAGCGGGAGCACCAGCUGCGGUGGCAGCAAUAUCGGCAGCCGCAUCCCUGCUGAGGCCCCGGGACAGCCGCAUACCUGCCAGCAGGGGCCAGGGCACCGGGUGCCGAAGGUGCUGGCUGACCACCUCCUCCAGCACUCCCUGCUGUAGCCUGGUUACACAGCCACCCACAAACCCCCCCAGGCUCCCCUGCCCACCCCCAGCACCACGCUCACUGCACACACAUCUCCAAACAGCAGUUUUUAUUUCCCUGGCAGCAAACAAACCCCCCUCCCCGCUCCCAUCCCAACAAACAGAGCCCCCUCCCCCUCCCUCUCCCCCUCGCUCUCUAACAAGACAGCUCCUCCACCACCCAUCCCACCCACCAACAAUAAAACAUCCUUUUCCCUGUGCAAACUAUUUACAAGUGGAGU